AUAAUCAUUGUAUCAAUUGUUUUUAUUUUACUUGCACGAUUUUUGCAUAAAAUUUAUUAACACAAAUUAAACUAAUAAUUAGAAAAGUUUAAAAAUUCGAAGAUGAUUGUAACUUAUAUUUUUUAUUGUUUAUUCAUAUUUAGUAACAUUAAAAAUGGAUAUUCGGAUGAUUCUAUUAUCGAUAACAUGAAUCACUUGUUCAAGCAAAAGUUUUGGAAAACAAAUUUAUUAGCGUAUGAUUUUAUUGUAAAGGAUAAGCAUGGAAAUUUAUUUAUUAUUGAUGCUGAAUCAGGAGAACAAUAUGUAACCGAAAAUAACGUUAAUGAAAAAAUACGAUCAGCUUAUAUGGUAGUACAUUAUUAUUAUUGUAAUAUGACUCGUGAUAUCGUUUAUAUGUUUAAAGAUAUGAUAAAAACCAAUGUUUCAUUGACUAUAAUUAAAAUGUGUCUAGAUAAAUUAAAGACGGUUUUUUUAAAAUUGAAAAGUUCACUAGAAUUGUUUUCCAGUCAUUAUACAGGUGAUGAUCUUCCAAUUCUUAUUCAAAAUUCUAUAGACGAUUUGGAAAAUAAUACGGAAAUUGCUUACAAGAAAUCUUUAGAAUCUACAAAUAUAGAUGAAGAGAAACAGAGUGAAAUUAGAAAUAAUUUUUUUCAAAAUGUCAAGAAAAUACACAAAUCUCUCGUUCAGUUAGAACAUGAUUGUCCAAAUAAUAAUUUGAAAUACAAUGAUCAAGAUGAGGUUCAAAAAUUGACAGAUUUUUUUGUUCAAUAUUUGAAGUCAAAUAAUUUAACUAUGUUUGAUUUUGAAGCUCAUUGGUUUCACUUUGCUUUGUCAGAAUAUGAUAUAAAUAAAUUUUAUGACAAUAUGGGUUUUAAAUACAACGAAACAAAUAAUACAAGUAGUAUUAUUAAAACACAAGUAGAACCACUAGAUUUAAGUAAAACUGAUUUCAAAAAACUCAAUCUAUAACUCGUGU